AUGAGUGUCUGGCAAUGGGCUUUAGUGCUGUGUGCGGUCUGUACCAUCAACGCCGCGGUCACUCGGUCCGCCCCUCGUGUUGCCCCCGUCUGUUUGAAUGGCGCACCGGAUGGCGCCGGGAAGUGCGUUUGCAAUCUCGGAUUCAGUGAUUUCCAGGGAAACUGUUUUCUGACGACGGACACCCGGAGUAACACCUGUCCCCUCGGGUCGACCAUGAGGGACGGUUACUGUCACUUUCUGCCUCUGCCGCCGAUUCGCGAUGUGCUUCCGGCCCAGGAGAAAACCAUUGUGGUUCCCCCGUUACGUAUCACCAUUCCGUUACCGGAACUGCCGGAACCGGAGAGUGAGAACGGGGAAGUGUACGAGCCGAACGGGGAUGGUGACGACGAGCAGUCUGUGCGUGACGUAAAGCUUGGUUUCGAAAAGUUCGUAAACAACCUAAACGUUAUCAACAACGAAACGUCCGUCCACACGGUGAACGAGAACAACGUGGUGAUACACUUGGUCCGGAAGUUGCCGAGCGGUGCCAUUAGAACGGAGAUUGUGAGAAACAACGUAACGACCGUGUACGAUGAAGAAGUAACCCAAGAUGUAGAGGAUACUACUUCGUCGGAUGAGCUCCCGGCUACCGAAAUGGUGACGGAGAAGCCCCGUUGCUGCAAGAUAGUGUCCCCGAGGGUGUGUCAAAAGCAAGCUGAUGAGUGGGUCUGCUUCCACCGGAAGCAGUACGUGUGCAGUAAGGUGUGUACGGCAGACGAAAUGUACCUACGACCCCGAAGAAUCACGUACCGGAAACCUUGGUUGAUAAUGCCGCCGGGAACGAACCGCACCAUGGAGCCGCCAUGCUUUCUGGGUCGAUGUCCCAAGCCAGAUUGCUCCGGUUGUCUACCAGGCAAAAGGGGUUGCCACGCGAUGUGCUACACCUACGACUGCGCGGUGAACAACGCUU